AUGAGUAACUUACCAUGGGUAGAAAAAUAUAGGCCAAAAAAAUUAGAUGACAUAGUUCAUCAAACAAAUGCAAUAUCAAUGUUAAAGGAAGUAAUAAAAACAAAAAAUAUGCCACACUUAAUAUUUCAUGGUCCUCCAGGGACAGGUAAAACAUCAGCAAUAAAUGCUUUAGCACAUGAAUUGUUUGGUAAGGAGAAUAUUAGUGAACGUGUGUUAGAAUUAAAUGCAUCAGAUGAUCGAGGUAUUAAUGUAGUUCGUGAAAAAAUAAAAGCAUAUACAAGAAUAAGUAUAAGUAAAAAUAAAAUAAAUAAUGAAACAAAUGAGGCAUUACCACCAUGGAAAUUAGUUGUUUUAGAUGAAGCAGAUAUGAUGACAGAGGAUGCUCAAUCCGCUUUAAGACGGAUAAUAGAAAUAUAUUCAAACGUUACAAGAUUUAUAUUAAUAUGUAAUUAUAUUCAUAAAAUAUCAGACCCUAUUUAUAGUAGGUGUUCAUGUUAUAGAUUUCAAGGAAUACCAAUAAAUAUAAAAAAAGAAAAAUUAUUAUACAUAUGUAAUAAUGAGAAUAUUAAUAUUUCCGAUGAUGCAUUAACUAAAAUAAUUGAAACAACUCAAGGAGAUUUAAGAAGAGCUGUUUCUGUUUUACAAUUAUGUUCAUGUAUUGAUUCAAAGAUUACAGUAGAAUCUGUUUUAGAUAUAUCUGGUUUACCUGAUAAUGAUAUUAUAUUAAAAAUUGUAGAUUCAUGUAAAGUAAAAGAUUUUAAAAUUUUGGAAAAAACAAUUCAAGAUAUAAUUGAAGAUGGUUUUGAUGUAUCAUAUAUUUUUAAAGCAUUAAAUGAAUAUUUUGUUAUGUGUCAAGACAUUAAUGAUUCAAUAAAAUAUCAAAUAUUAAUGGAAUUAUCUCGACACGAUUUUCGUUUACAUAACGGUGCUACCAAAUAUAUUCAGCUCAUGAGUUUUGCUUCCUCUGUGCACUCACUACUCAACCAAGCAUAA